GAUAUAUUGCAUAAAUGAACAAGAUAGAGGGUGAAUUCAUCCCAUCAAUUUCACAAAUCAUCGUCUUCGUCACCAAGAAAUACGGACAAUCGGUAUAUUGUAGGUGGCCUCAUUAUACACUUUAUAUUCGAAAGUGUAAUCUAUGUUACUCAUUUAUUUACAAUUAUGUUUUAACUAUAUCCAUAAAACAUCAUUUAUUAUAAAACACUAGUUAUUUUUGUUAGAAGUAAUCUACUCUUCACGUGACCGACAAGGUUACCGAACUCUGUGCGGUAGACCGUCCUUUGGGGAACAUAGUGGGGGCAAAUGGAUAAAUCGAUAAGGCCUUUGCGAGCAUUUCCUGCCAAAAAUGAAGGCGGUAACAUGUGGCAGAAACCUCUACAAAUCUAAUCAAUUUUAGUUUAGACAUUCAACAACCACAAAAAUUAAUUACAAUCAGAUACAAGAAACAACAAAGAGCAGCACCAUCGACGAGCACAACGCCACUAUACUUAUCGACUCAUAAUAUCUUCCUUUGCUUUUAUACUAAUAUGGCAAAUGUUUCUAGUAUUACCUUACGAGGACCUCGCGACCUCGAAGACCCGGCAGUUACACCCGAAUUCCAAUACCUUAAGUCCGCCUCUCAGCGUGUCGACAUUCACCAUCCUGCAUACGAUCAAGGUCUACUUCUCAGUCUCUAUGCGCCUGAUGCCGCGGUAGGAGGGAUAUGCUAUAGCCUUGUUCACGAUGCAUGUGCAAUCAUCGCAGGUAAUCGCCAUGAAGGCUGGCUAACGGACAGCCCCGGCGGCGAUCCUCUGAUAUACGAGUCAGGUGCGUUGCUCCCUGCUGGUGACUACUGGUACCACCUUCCUGCUCCUGUAAUAGAAGAAGACGACAGUAAUUCUACUUCCGCGAGCGUAUACCGAUGGCCGGUGGUGUUAUCCUUCAAACACUGGCAGUUCCCAAACCAUCUACCAUCCGCAUGGACCACCGUCCUCCAGCGCUUUUCUCUCUCGCCUGUUGGUCGACCAUCGACAUAUAGUACCCUCAUCCGCGCUCGUGACAGACGCUGCUGCAUUACAAACCACAGUACUGCAACAGAAGUAGCGCAUUUGUGCCCCGAGCAGGAAAGGGUCUGGUAUCUACAGAACUCUAUGUUUCGAUAUAAUAGCAAUCACAGCCUCGGCCAUCGGGUUAUAUUGAACGACGCAAAUAACUUGAUGUUGCUUCGUUCUGAUCUUCACAAAGCAUUCGCCGAUCGAUCGUUCUUUUUGUACCCGAAAAGAGAUGAUUUCGUCGUUCAUGCUAUGGAAUAUAUCGAAGAUAUCGUUCCUCUGUAUCACAACACCCGUACACAUCCGAUAACCUACUGCAGACCACAAUUCAUAUACGCCAGAUUUGCAUGGACAAUUUUUAGUGGUAUCACAGCAUUCCUUGAGGGUGGCGUCGCUCGAUCAGUAAUAACAGUCAAGGACAUAGACGGCAAGCGUGUGAAGCAAGUAGAGGAGAUGGAUGGUGAUACAUUACAGGAAUUGUCAACCCCGGGAAGUCAAAGCUCAACCAAACGACAGCGGGUUGUGCUUGAUAUAGUACAGACUGAUGAAGAGGAUAACCCUGUAUCGAAACGACAAUAUAUAAUUUCCAGUCCUUUAUCAGUCUCUAUAACAGAAGAUAACACGGAUACUUCACCGAUAUCACUUCAUGGAAGCCCACUUAAUCCCGAAGACAAUCACGAUUUACAGGAGGAGAAACAGGCUUGGAAAAACAGUUUACUACAAGAAUGGAUACAUUUUGAUCAGGUAAGGGAGCAAUAUUUAUGCAAGCAACGUCCGACGGGUUUUGUCCCCCUUACAUUUGAGAGUGCGACAACUGUCCGUGAGAAGCUGGAAAGUGUUGGUGUCGAGUUUAGAGAUGAUACUUCGGAGGAAGCAGAUGAUUCAAACUGUCGGGAUAUUGAUCACAUGAAUCAUUAACGUUGAUGUUAGUGCCUCGGCAGGAGGGGCUAUGUAUUAUAUAAUUCUCUGGUUUCAUAGUUUUAAUACUUUAGGCAAAUCAAAAUGAAUAUUAUAAUAGGGAUGUUUAUUUAAUGUAAAAGUAAUAUGCCCUAAGCCCUCACCAUAUUCUCUUCGCGGCCAUCUCAUAUCUACUAAUCUUCGAAAAAUCCUGCACCGCCCCCACCUUCUCCUUAUCUCUCGCAGAUCUCUCCUUUUCCUUCAACUUCUUCAAUGUCUCGGGAUCAUCAUCAUAUAUCCACCGCUUUUUAUCAUCAUUCAAUUCUAUCAUGCCCCAACCACCGACUCUCUUUCCACCCGUCUCGUAGCUUCGAUGUUCGCGCAUCUUCAUGGUUUGGUAAC